CCCACUACUAAAAAUUUUGAUUUAUGGAGAUUGUGCUACAUACUUUAAUCUGUCGAAUUACGAGAAAUAGCAAAAAUGGUCAAACUUACAACGGAGCUCAUACAAAACUCUAUGCAAUAUAUGAAUCCUUGUAGGGACCGAGAACUGGAUCUUAGAGGUUAUAAGAUUCCACAAAUCGAAAAUCUGGGUGCUACGCUCGAUCAAUUUGAUACGAUAGACUUCUCGGACAACGACAUCAGAAAGCUUGACGGUUUUCCACUGCUAAAAAGGUUGAAAUGUAUUCUAUUGAAUAAUAACAGGAUCGUGAGGAUAGGAGAGAAUUUGGAACAUUAUAUACCAAAUUUAGAGUCUGUGAUUUUAACAAACAACAAUAUCUCAGAACUUGGUGAUUUGGAUCCAUUAAGUACAUUACCAAAGCUGCGAACAUUAUCACUCAUGCACAAUCCAGUUGCCAACAAAAACCAUUAUAGGGCAUAUGUGGCAUUCAAAAUGCCAGAGCUAAGAUUAUUGGACUUCAGGAAGAUUAAACAAAAAGAGAGAGAUGAAGCUAAUACAUUGUUCAAGAGUAGAAAAGGGAAAGAAAUACAGAGGGAGAUUGCUAAAAAAGCAAAGACAUUUGUACCUGGUGGAAAUAUGCCUGAUCCUAAAGUUACAAAUCUUACACCUCAAGAAAUCCAUAAGAUCCGAGAAGCAAUCAAGAAUGCAUCAUCCCUACAGGAGGUCGAACGUCUGACAAGAAUGUUGCAGUCUGGUCAGAUUCCAGGGCAAAAACCUUUACAGCCCGUGACACAAACAAAUGGUCAACGUAAGUAUGAUUUUUAAACUUUUGUAUCAUUAAGUUAAGACUAGCAAUAUAUUGCUUUAACUUUAGUUCUUGCUAUUAAAGAGGUAUUUGUAUUAAAUUUCUCUACUAAAUAUCUGGCACAAAUACAUGAUAAUAUGUAUUAUUAAUAUAUCUUAAUGACAUUUUUCAUUUACAUCAUAUUUUAUAUAUGUUUAUAACAUUUGACAAAAAAAAAGUUAAUUAAAUAAAACAAAGAAGUUUGAAACUCAAAUUUUACCAAUCUCUUUAGGCCUUACUAACCACAGUCCGGAUCGAAGAUGGAACGAAGUUGGUGAGGACAUUAGAGAAAUAUAUCAAUCACAAUUACUGCAUCUAUAGUCUUGUUAUUAUUAAAGAGCAAAAGUUUUUUUCAUUUCAGCAGUUCAACAAGACAGCCACACUGCAUUUAAUUUCAAAAUUAGAAUUGUGUAUUGUUAUUUAUCAAAUUGAACUAUGUAUUAAAAAGAAUAUUCAUAGAAUUUAAUUUGAUCAAACAGCAAAGGACGAGUGAUAUAACUAGAAGAGGAAUCUUUAGUUGAUUUUAUUAGUAAAAUAUUCUAAUAAUAAUCAAACUAUGUUUGGAACUCGUGGGUCU